AUCUAAGGGCCGAAAGUUGAACACAAGGAAUUAGUAAUAGAAUUUGCUUGUUUCCUUUCGUAUUCUAUAUUUCCCCGAGUUGCCGACGCGGCAGCCAGCCAUGUCGGCCAACGGCUCGCAGACACACCAUGCGGUGGUGCUUAUCCUAGACUAUGGGUCACAGUACACGCAACUUAUUACGCGCCGCGUCCGCGAGCUGUGCAUGUUUUCCAUGCUCUUCCCUGGCGAUGCUUCCCUGGAUCGCAUUAAGAGCGUGAACCCGCGCGUCGUCAUCCUGUCUGGUGGCCCCAACUCGGUGCACGUUGAGGGCUCGCCGCGUGUGCCCGAUGGCUUCUUCGAGUACUGCAGCGAGAACAAAGUCCCCAUCCUCGGCAUUUGCUAUGGCAUGCAAAUGAUCACGCACCUGUUGGGCGGCGAGGUCAAGCCUGCAGUGCACGGCGGGGAGUACGGCCGCAUGCCCAUGGACAUUGCGCCCUCCUCGCAGCUCUUCUCCUUCAUCAGCAACACCACCGUCAACGUGUGGAUGAGCCACGGCGACGAGGCGGUCAAGCUGCCCUCCGGCUUCACCGCUGUCGCUAAGAGCCACCAGGGCGCCAUCGUGGCCAUCGAGAGCCCCGAGCGGCACGUGUACGGCUUCCAGUUCCACCCCGAGGUGAUGCACACGGAGCACGGCAUGGAGAUGAUCAAGCACUUCCUGGUCGGCAUCGCGCAGGUGCCCGCCGACUGGAACAUGGGGCAGGUGCUGGAGGAGCAGCUCGCCAAGAUCGCGGAGCAGGUUGGCCCCGAGGAGCACGCCAUCUGCGCCCUGUCUGGCGGGGUGGACAGCACGGUGGCCGCCACGCUGGUGCACAAGGUGCUGGGCGACCGCCUGCACUGCGUCUUCGUCGACAACGGACUGCUGAGAUACAACGAGCAACAACGCGUGAUGGACACGUUCAGCAACCACCUGCACCUGCCCGUCACCUGCGUGGACCACUCGGCGGUCAUGCUGGAGCGCCUGCGCGGGAUGAGCGACCCGGAGGCCAAGCGCAAGGCCAUCGGGGCGGAGUUCAUCGAGGUGUUCAAGGCCUACGCCACGCAGCUGGAGGGCAAGCUGGGCAAGAAGCCCAAGUUCCUGGUGCAGGGCACGCUGUACCCCGAUGUGAUCGAGUCCUGCCCCCCUCCCGGCAGCGGUCAGAAGCACAGCCACACCAUCAAGUCGCACCACAACGUGGGCGGGCUGCCCAAGGACCUGCAGUUCACCCUCAUCGAGCCAUUCAGGGAGCUCUUCAAGGAUGAGGUCCGGUCCAUCGGGCGGCUUCUCGGAGUGCCAGAUCAGUUCAUCAAGCGCCACCCCUUCCCCGGCCCUGGCCUGGCGGUGCGCGUGCUGGGAGAUGUCACGGAGGGCAACAAGCUGGACGUGCUGCGAGAGGUGGAUGAGAUCUUUAUCAAUACCAUCAAGGAGUACGGCCUGUACGACGAGAUCUGGCAGGCAUUUGCCGUAUUCUUGCCGGUCAAGGCGGUGGGCGUGCAGGGCGACCAGCGCACGCACAGCCAUGUGGUUGCACUGCGCGCGGUGACGUCGGCGGACGGCAUGACGGCGGACUGGUACAGCUUCACGCCCGCCUUCCUGCGCGACGUGUCGAACCGCAUCUGCAACAAGGUGCGGUCCGUGAACCGUGUCGUGUACGACAUCACCAGCAAGCCGCCCGGCACCAUUGAGUGGGAGUAAGAGGGGGUGGAAAGGAGGGUGGCGCGUUGUGGUUGUGCCGCGGUGGUGGUGGGUGGGUGCUGCGGGGUUGUCAGGAUGGGCUAUUUCUUUGGGCAGUGAAUGCUUGUGAGCUGCUGGAACGGGGUGCACCAUGCCCAGAGUGAACGGGGUGAAGGUAGUCCUCAGCGUGCAGGUGUGCGCAGCGUGGGCUAUAGGUGCUUCAUUGCUUGCUGCGGUGACGCUAUGUAUGCUUAACCAUGCCGCUGCUUGGUGACAGGUUGGUAAUUCGUACGUGGCACGGCAGCUUGUACGUCUAUCUGCGAAUACUGUGCUUUAGGACUCUUAAGCAGGCCAGUAGGUUGCUGUGCUUCUGUUGGGAGGGGCUGCGGCGUGGUAUUAGCUGACAGUUCCGUGCCCUUCCUGGAGUGUGAUGAGCUGGUCACGAGGUUUACAUAGUAGCGUCGUACGCCCCUGUGGACUUGUCGGCACAUCGCCAACCCAUAUAGCUCGCUGACUCGUACUGAGGUCUAGGGGACCCGCGUCACGUCCCUUAUUUAGGUGUUACAGCAUCGUACCCAUGGAUCAGGGAAGUAGAGGGUAUGUAAUGCCCGUUG